GCAUAACUUUUAUUGUUUUUCCUUGUAAUAAGAGGGCUAAGAAUUAAUUCUAGUGAUGCUAAGUUCUUGCUUAAAUCUCCUUGUGUGCUGGUAUAGGCCUGGCAGAGUACGGGGCCACGAGGAGAGAGUACGAGAUGCAGCUCAACACAACACUGCUGUGUAAGUGCUUCAGCAGCCGCUUAUGGGAGAACAGCAGAUAUGUUACACGUCAGCUGGACAAGAUUGGUCCUGUCCUCAGCGACGCACUUGUCCGCUCUAAAAUCACCUCCUUCACUGCCCUCGAGGCAGAAUCACCCAGGAACAUUGAACUGAUCCUAAAUAGGCAGCCGCCCUUCGGUAAUCGUAUCCGUGACCAAGCAGUGAGGCUUCCUCGCUACGAACUGAUCGUCCAGCACAUCAAUGAGGUGAGAGUUGAGCAUAGUGAGGUGAGGGUGACUGUGUGUUCUCGCGAACCAAGAGGAGGUGCGGGCAGGCGCCACAACCCCCAAACACCACUCCUGCAGACUCAUCCUCGGCGACGCUGACAACAACGUCC